AUGGAAGACAUGGCAAGAUUGGCCGUGGUGGAGCAAAGUAUUGGAGAUGUGGAUAAAUUUAAUAAAAUACUAUAUCAACUAUUGCGGCAUAUGACCCACAUUUUAAAUAAUCCUCACGACUACGACAUGCGAACGUUAAAGACUGACAUCCUGGAAGAUGUUCUUCAACACGAAGCGUUUAGUGAUUACCUUAAAUACGUUGGCUAUAGACCUGAAGGCUGUAACCUUGUAUAUGACAAGGAACUGCCGCUAAGUAAAUUGAGAAUGGCUCAGGCUGCUAUAGAAAGGAAAAUCAACUUCUGCUAUGGAGUCCAACCUUCAAGACUAAUUCUUAAACCUAGUGCAAGACAAGGCAAGAAAGUAGUGCUGCAGCCUACAAACAUUCUGACUACAAAAAAUCCAUUUCUGCAAUCAAUCCAAAAUUUGUUUAAUCGUGUUCUGGAGUAUGAAGAUGAAGACCUGCAGGUACUGGCCCGAGAGCAGAUCCCAAUAGUGACGCUGCAGCUUAUGGCUCUUGAUAGGGUUAGAGAGCAGCAGAAGAGAAUCAAAUCUGGUGAGACGAAAGAACUGGACCUACCGUUCGAUGUGGCUUUAUUAAUGGAAUUAUUGAGCUGGUUUAAAUACAAGUUCUUCUCGUGGGUUGAUCAGCCUCCGUGCGAUAUUUGCGGUGGACCCACCGUCUUGAGAAAUACAGUCACCGCCACUUCCGAGCAAGAGACGUGUAGGAUGGAGAUGUACUCGUGUGGCCCGUGCGGGCCUCGCGGCGGGUCGCGCUUCCCGCGGUACAACCGCUCGCGAACGCUGCUCCGCACGCGGCGCGGCCGGUGCGGCGAGUGGGCCAACUGCUUCGCGCUUCUGUGUCGUGCGCUCGGGUACGACACGCGCUACGUGUACGACACUACCGACCACGUGUGGUGUGAGGUUUUCGACAAUGACUCCAAGACUUGGCUGCACGCGGACCCAUGCGAGGCGAAGUUAAAUACGCCGUUGAUGUACGAACACGGUUGGGAUAAAAAGCUUUCAUACGUAAUCGCAGUCUCCCGGGAUGACAUACAAGAUGUAACAUGGAGAUACACCCUCAACCACAAGCAAACAUUGUUGCGUCGCAACAGUUGUUCGGAGCAAGAACUACUGGACUCGUUGUCAUCGCUGCGUGAGCAUCGCCAGCGCCACCUGUCUGAGGCGCGGCGCAAGUACCUCGCCAAGCGGACACUCCAUGAACUCGUUUUACUCAUGCAAGAAAAGAAGCCUACAGAUUAUGAAUCCCAUGGCCGCAUAUCUGGUUCGAUACAAUGGCGCAGUGAGCGCGGUGAGGUCGGCAAAGGACACACGUUCGUUUUCACAAGGCCCGGGAACUGCGCAGUGGGCUACAAUUCUGGUGCCGACAAGUAUUCGGUCUCAGAAGAAGGACUGGAAGACAUCUCCAUAAACGGUUGGGCUGCUGGUGUUUACCAAGCUGAAAAUAUCUUCAGAAAGGUCGAGUAUGACUGGAAACAAGCCUAUCUGGCCAGAGAAGAGGGCCAAAGCUCGGGGUCGGUGGCUUGGCGGUUCAUGGCGAAAGGUGGUCUUCAUUUAACAGACAUAACUAUGCGCAUCAGUACCGCGAUCUACGAGAACGGCAGUAUACAGUGGACUAUACAAUACGAUAGUAAUGAACCGGAGCCCUUGACAUUCGACGAGAACGGGCGGGUGUCGCUGAGCGCGUGCGCGUGCGCAGUGGUGCGCGCGCGGCUGGGCGGGGGGCGCGGCGCGGUGGCGUGGCAGCACGCGCAGCUGUGCCGCGCGUCGCUCGACCAGCCGCGCGCCGCGCUCCAGCUCCGCGCCACGUGCGUCUGA